AUGCCGCCAACUAUUGUAAAUUCAGAAUUUUCACCUGCAACUUGAACCUCGAUUGAAAGUUUUUUCUGUAAAGGAGAAAUAAAAAUUAAAGUAGAUCAUGAUGAAUGAUUAGAAGGGGUUGAAAUAACAGAGCCAUUACAAGUUAUUGAUGCUGGGAUUGCGAAAUACUUUCUAAGAUCAAGAUUUGGAGAUGGAGAUUGCUGAGUUGAGUCUGGAAGAUUUGCAACAGAUAUGAAUUCACAAGGCGGGACAGAGUUUGAAGGCUUGGUCUGAGGAUUUACUUUUUGGCUGAGAUCUGACAAUUACAGAACUUGCAGUAUUGCUUGAGAUUUAGCAGAGCAUCCCAUAAUUCUUAAAUUUAUUAGUCAAGCUGUAUAUGAUAUAAACUAG